UCCAGUUCUCUCUGUGGGACCUCCGGUAUCAUUGUUUGACCCAGAUUAUCUGGCAAUGUGAAGGGUUUCCAAAUGAAAUCCUGAACUUUCCAAACGGGUAACUGAGAGCCAUGUUUCAUUUAAAUGUGCAAACAUUUGAGAGAAAUGGGCUUUGAGUUUUGGUGAGCAAUCAGGAGCCACAGAUCAAAUAUAAUUUGUGUAAGUUGUGUGUCUCAUCACUGCUGGUGCCUAUAUUACCAACAAUGCAAGUUGGCCAAAGAGUUACAUCACUGGAAGCAUUUAUCUUAUUGGGUGCAGCUCUGGGAGCCACAAAGGGCUUCAUAUUCCCUCUUUCACACUUUAAAAGUAGAGUUGGUGCAGUUACCCUUUUACAAAACUUUACAGCAUUCAUGAUUUGGGCAGGAACUAGUUCUGAUUCAUCUACAAUAUAUUUCCUAACCAGGAUAACACUUAAUAUCUUCUUGCUUACUACCUUGGCAGUAUAAUAAUCCCUCCAUCGUCUUAAACUGAAUCACACUGAACAGGAAUUAACCAAUUGUGAUAUAUGGUAGGCUGAGUUUGUACAACUCCCUAUUUCUCCCCAAAGCUCUAAGUUACUGGUAUAAUACUACAAAACAUCUUUUUUUCUGAAAGUGUCCCUAAAGGUUUUUUACAUUCAUACUGUAUAAGAUGUCUUGUAAGUUUUAAAGUUAACUUCCGUUAAGUCUGAGGAGCUGUGUGUAAGCCUUAAAAUGGGACCAAAGCCUCAUGUUUCGGGCCACAAAGCAGAGUUUCAUACAACGUUGCUCCUCCUACUUAUUCAAAGUGAGCAGGAAUCAGGACAAGCAGGAAACCUGACCCACAGUCUAGCGAGUCUCCUCCCUGUUUCUCUCCUUUCACACACCUGCAAGAGCAAAAUCAUUCAGCGAAACACAACCAGCAGCGGUCACAGAACAGUGAAAGUAAAAAUGAUUUUCGGCUCAACUGAAGGUAGAUUUUGUUGCUGUCGUUGACUUUGUAAACACCUGCCUCGGAUUUGCUUUUUUUUUGGUUGCUAAAAUGCAGACCCAACUCGUGGGUGUGUGUUUGGCAAUCGUCGGCUUUCUCGGCACCAUCCUUAUCUGCGGACUGCCCAUGUGGAAGGUGACGGCCUUCAUCGGAGCAAACAUCAUCACAGCUCAGGUCUUCUGGGAGGGUUUGUGGAUGAACUGUGUGAUCCAGAGCACGGGCCACUCACAGUGCAAAGCCUACGACUCCAUUCUGGCUCUACCACAGGAGCUGCAGGCGUCCAGGGCUCUGAUCUGUGUCUCCAUCGCUGUCAGCGUGGUGGCCAUCGGGCUGACUGUGGUCGGGGCCCGCUGCACCAACUUCUUCCGUGACGACUCGCUGACCAAAACUAAUAUUGGCCUGGCUGGUGGCGUGGUGUUUAUAUUAGCAGGGCUCCUGUGUGUGAUUCCUGUCAGCUGGUCGGCUCACAGCAUCAUCACGGGUUUCUACAACCCCCUGGCCACCCAGGAGAGGAGGGGAGAGCUCGGGGCUUCCAUAUAUGUGGGCUGGGCGUCUGGAGCUCUGCUCAUCAUUGGAGGAGGGAUUUUGUGUGGCACCUCCAGAUGCUGAAGAUGAGAAGAGGAGGCUUCAUGUAGCUGGAAACAUACAGAUGUGAAGGACUUUCUUUGUUUUAGCCUUUGAUUAAAGCUCCUUUUUAAGCUUUAGCUAACUGCACUGUUAUGUCAUUUUACAAUAAAUUAGCUCCAAAUCUGUGUAAAAUAUAAAAAUCUGUAGCACAAUGAAGUAUAGACCUGUAGUGUUUACUGUUUUCUUUAAAGUGAAGGAUUUAAAAAUGAAGUCUGGUGGAGAAUGUGAUGCUGCAUAAUUGUCAACUGAGAAAAGAUGUUUAAUGUAAAGAUCUGAGUUUAUAUUUUAGUUUUAAUAUGCACUAACUUCAAAUGCAGGAAUAAUCAGUUUUUAAAGGAGACAUAUUGUGCUCCUUUUCAGAUUCAUAAUUCUAUUUUGAGUUCACACUAGAAGAUGUUUACAUGCUGUAAUGCUCAAAAGUACACAUCAGUUUUCUCAAACCGUCCCGUGAUGCAGCUCUGUGAUCCCCGUCUGUCUGAAACACUCUGUUUUACCUCCUGUCUCUUUAAGGCCCCGCCCCCUGAUUACCCAGUCUGCUCUGAUUGGUCAGCUCACACGUGCCUGAGCCAGCACCGUUAACAGCAUCAGAGCAGCUGUGCUAAAACUAUUCUUACGUGCCAAACAAGCUGCGAGACAUUAAUUAUGCAAAUGUGUGACAUGGUGACGUAGUGUGAUGUCACAAAGUCACACGAAUUAAAGGUGGAGCUACUGAUGAAGCGUUUCAGGAGCAGCGUUUUCUGUGAGAGAGGUGUGGACUUUGGGUGUCUGAAAGCUGAUGUAAAGAAAAGAAAAAAAAGCAUAUUAACUAUCCUGUAAGACCUUUAAAGACCACGAGUGUCUGAUUUAUCCAUAUUCUUACACAGUAUUGUUUUUAGUGCCAGUGUGUUGAGGAAACGUCUCGCUGUUUGUAGCAUGAAUUUAAAAAACAACACUGAAAAAAAAUCUGCAAAAAAAAAAGCUAUUAUUCCUCUUUAUGACACAAAAGUUGUGAAAACAAUGAUUGUUGAGGUUGAAAGAUGUCAGUUCAUCUCGUUCUCUCCUCAAAAUUCAGCGAAUGAACAAAAUGUUUGUGUUGUUCAGUUGUUCUUUGUUGUGUCAAUUUGAGGAAACAAUGUUUGUAUUUUUGUAUCUUUACAAGCCAAUAAAUUCACUUUGUAUAUUUG